GCGAAACGCAGCUUCCGCGCACGCGCGGCGAGGCCUGUCUGACCGACCUUCAGCAGGGCCGGCGCCACCAUGUUCUCUCGGGCGGGCGUCGCAGGCCUCUCGGCCUGGACUGUGCAGCCACAAUGGAUCCAAGUUCGAAACAUGGCAACUUUGAAAGAUAUUACCAGGCGACUAAAAUCAAUCAAAAACAUCCAGAAGAUUACCAAGUCUAUGAAAAUGGUAGCAGCAGCGAAAUACGCCCGAGCUGAGAGGGAGCUGAAACCAGCCCGAGUGUAUGGAGUGGGGUCCUUGGCUCUUUAUGAAAAGGCUGAUAUUAAGACUCCUGAAGACAAGAAGAAGCACCUCAUUAUCGGUGUGUCCUCAGACCGAGGGCUCUGUGGUGCUAUUCACUCCUCGGUUGCUAAACAGAUAAAAAGUGAGGCGGCCAACCUUGCAGCAGCCGGGAAAGAAGUUAAGAUUAUUGGAGUUGGUGAUAAAAUCAGGAGUAUACUUCACAGGACUCAUUCUGACCAGUUUCUGGUGACGUUCAAAGAAGUGGGGAGGAGACCCCCUACCUUUGGGGAUGCGUCGGUCAUUGCCCUUGAGCUGUUAAAUUCUGGAUAUGAGUUUGAUGAAGGGUCUAUCAUCUUUAACCGAUUCAGGUCUGUCAUCUCCUACAAGACAGAAGAAAAGCCCAUCUUUUCCCUUGACACCAUUUCAGGUGCUGAGAGCAUGAGUAUCUACGAUGACAUUGAUGCUGAUGUGCUGCGGAAUUACCAGGAAUACAGCCUGGCCAACAUCAUCUACUACUCCCUGAAGGAAUCCACCACGAGUGAGCAGAGCGCCAGGAUGACGGCCAUGGACAACGCCAGCAAGAAUGCGUCUGAAAUGAUUGACAAAUUGACUUUGACAUUCAAUCGCACCCGCCAAGCUGUCAUCACCAAGGAGCUGAUAGAAAUCAUCUCUGGUGCUGCGGCUCUGGACUAAUGAAAAUCAAGUUUCAUCCUCAGACAAGAGGUAAAGAAGAAUUCAGCAAGCUGAUUUUGUUUUUAGCUUACUGCUGUCCUUGUCAGAAGAAUUUGUUGGUCCAUUGUUCAGAUUACUAAAGACAGCAAGAUAUUUGUAAAUUAUCUUAUACAAUAAAUGACUCAACAUAAAAUCACUGUUGUUUUUUUAUUACUAUAUAAGAAAAACCAUUUUCAAAGUGAGAUCUUAAAACACUUCAAAAUAUUAACAUACUUGUAUUAAAAUUUCUAAGUAAGAAGCUUGUUGAAGAGGCUCUUAUGAUUGUUUGGUUUCCUAACAGCCAUGGAAAGCCUGGCUUCCGAGGAGUCAGAGUGGGAGGAGGAGGUGCCAGCCACACCCCCAGCCCGGGCCUCCCUGCCUGUCACCCUCAGAGACCACCAGCCCUUGAACCACCAGCGCGAGGAGCAGCGCUGUGUCCGAGAGGGUGGACGGUUCCGGGGACAUACUAAGUAACUGUUUAAAUCUUUACCAAGGA